UGAGAACUUGACAGGAAUAUAAAUGAACCAGACAAGUAUGCAUCUGGAAGAAGAAAUGUUAAUGUUAAUAGAUAUUUGCACUUUGCAAGCUAAUGGAUCAGCUCCAUGGUUUAUUGGUCACAACAACACUGUAAACAAUUGUACUGUAGAGUUCAUGAAAAACACUUGGUUCCAGAGUAUGUUCCUUACCAACAUGUUCUGUAUUAUAGCAAUAGGAGGCAUUGGAAAUCUGUUGCUGAUUGUAUCUGUGAUUUAUGUAUUUUUUAGAUAUCCUGCCACCAGAUGUAAAUAUCCUUGGUUGAAGAACCCUUUAACUAUUCUUAUCCUUCACCUCUCCUUCUGUGAUUUCCUCUACUGUAUCUUCGGUCUACCAUUUCUCAUGCUACCUACAAUAUACGGCUACUUUCCUCUCUCUAAAAGUGUGUGUCAUAAUACAGCUCUGUUCAGAAAUUUGAACGCCUUCGCUGAAUUCUCAACCAUUGCAGUAAUUGCAUUACUCAGGUUAAAAGGAUUGGUAACAGAAUGGAGAACAUCCUCUCGCCAAAGAGAUUGUUUACUGGCCCCCUGUAAAAUGGUUUUCUUCUGCUGUUUUACAUGGUUUUUAGCCUUCAUCCUCCUCUCCCCCACCAUAUUUGAAACAAAAUUUGAUUUCGGACAAUUUGGAUACAAUGAUAUUGGAAUCUGUAAUGUUGCUCCUGGAGCUUCCUCCGUGGAACAUUCUCUGACAGGAUUCACGUUCUCUGUAGGAUUCCUAGUUCCCUGUGUUUUAAUAAAUAUCUCCUAUAUAACCAUCUUCUGUCUCCUCAAACAUAGAUCAAAUCAAACUACCAUUCUAGACAGGCAGAGAAUCGUUAUGGAUAAAGUCUCCAAAUUGUUAUUCAUCAUAUGUAUUAGCUAUGUUCUAUUCUGUGGACAACUUGCACCAAUAAAAUGGGCAGAUAGAAUUAUGAAGGGACCUGAAAUGGCUUACACCAAAGCUGCUGUGACCCUAGGCUCUUACUCUUGGUAUUGGUGGAACUACACAAUACAUUUUCUAGUUUUCUCAUUUUUCUUCAAGGAUGUCCAGAAGAUCUACUCCAUAUUUCUGAAAGAUCUAUUCUAUGGACUAUUUUUCUGGUUGCGGCCAAGGGGUCAGCAUACCAAUGUAUUAACUGGAGUCAGCAAUCAGGGAUUUCAAGUGAACAACAUUCUCAUAUUCGGACAACAUGAAAUCAUAAAUUCAGUUUCUGUUCAUGAAAACAGUAUUUGUAUCAUCAGAUCAGAAGGAGGGGGCGAAUCAUCAACUCAAAAAGUGGAAUGUAUAAAUGAACUAAUGGUUGGAGGAUCGUAUAACCAACUUGAGAAAUUAAACGCGGGUAAACUGUUAUUUAUGUACACCAGUAAAACGUACAGUACACCGUGCACUCCGGGUUUAAUUAAACAAUCAAAAAAAGAGAAUGUUCAAACGAUGAUAAGACAAGCCAAAAUAAAUCUUGCGCGAAGUUAUACUUUUUAAUUUGCUCGAAAGAACUUAAAUGGAGUGUCUGGCUAGAAUGCAGUAUUGUAGUUGAACUGAGAAUGUAGUAUUGUAGAGAACUUUUCAGAAAUCUUUUGAGAUCUAUAAGAAGUUGAGUAGCUCUUCAAAAUCGAUUUUAAAAAUUCUCUUUGACACCCAGACACUAAGAGACCAAAAAUGUAAAUUCAUGCUGCUGUGAUUUUUUUAAAUUAUUUGUUUAUUUGUAAAGAUUCUUCUUUUAAAUGGCAUUGUUAGGCUACUUGUGCACUGUUUAUUAGAUUUGAGCUGGAACACUUUGAUGUGAGCUAAGCGCAGUUUUUUUUAUUUAUAAAUUUCAAACUCUGAAUUAUUUGUAGAUAUUACGAGAUAUAACAAAGAUAUGCUUUAAAUAUUAUUAAAUAAAUUUUUUUCUGAAUUAAAAUUUGUACAUCAUGACCUUCUAGAGCUGUACAGUCGUUUUAUCAUAUAUUAUUAUCCAAAAAUGUUUACUGUAAAAACUGUAUUAAAAUAGCAUUUUUUUUGGCGUCUAAAAUUACAAGAAAUCCAUGUCCGACCAACAAUAAAAAAGAUAUCCAUGUUUUUCUGCUGGAAAAUUGGUAAUUCAUAAUUGAAGUUUCUCUACAAAGGUGAUAUGCGGGUUUCUGCCACAGAAACAAUGGAAGAAUAUGUUAGAAUAAAACAUUUACAAAAAAGAUAUCUUUCAUUAUUGUAAACCGGUCAUGCCGCAAAUAAAUUUGAAAAUACAACCACAGUACUUUUCAAUUUGAUUUCCAUGUAAAAUAUAUAAAAUAUGUAAAAUAUGUAUAAUUAUACAGAAGUGAACAUU